AUGGAGGCCAUUCGCAAGGGCUCGGUUGCCGUGUCCUUCGUCGUCGAAAAGCGAGCGGGCAAAUCGUUCUGCAUCAACCACCUCUUGCGGCGCCUGCUUGGGCUCGAUGAAAGUCAGGAGCGCGGUAAGAUCCCUCCGCCGUCGGCUGACGAGCAGCGUUACCGCAUCGAGCUCGUGCAGGAGAUGUGUCAGCAGCGCAAGUACCGCCUUCGUAUGGAACUCGAGAAGCAGAGGCACGAGCACGACAAAGGCCUCGAGAGUACUAUGGAUGGGAAGGUCAAGCUCGACAGCGAGUCGGAGGUUGAGCGCAUGCUGGCACUGCGAUUCAUGGAGUCAUCGCUGAAGACGCACUACGUCUCAACCAGAAACGAGCAAGACAUGGGCGCAGAUCUGCGAGACGUGGCCAAGGAGCUGCGCACGAUGCGAGGCGAUGGGCGAGAAGAUCUGUGCACCAACAAGCUGAUCCUCAGGAUCCCGUAUCAUCAUGGCGGUUAG